CAUUUAUAUUCAAGUCCAAGUCCGAUCUAGUCUUUAUUUUUCCCGCCCUCCUACUCCCUAGGAAAAAAAAAAAUGUUGAGCAUCCUGUCAGCGAAACUCCAGCAGGAAGCUGAAAAGUCACAACAGGUGGCAAUUGCGAAAGAAAAGAGGUUUAAUGCUGCUCUUGUUGGCAUUCGUGCACCGGGUCCCAGAGUUCCAAUUAGCAAGGCAAGGGCCUUGCCGUGGCAAAAAUUUGCAGGCAUCCAAGGAUCAUCAUCUGCUUCAAGCUCUAGUGCUGCCAAGUCUCUGCCUUACUUUAAGCCACCAUCGCAUUGUGCCACAGGCGUUUCUUCCGCGAAAGCAAAGUCAUUAGGUGGGAUUCCAAGAGAAGUGAUGACAGGCAAGCGAAAAGUCGCUUGCGACAUAGCCGGCAACAUCCACAAGCUGGGCAAUGCUCUGUCGAGCCUGGAUAACAUGUUGUUGAACUCGAAAAGCAACGCUGUUGCGAAUUCCCGGCUUCGCACCUACGAGAUCAUAAUGUCCAAGUCUUCUAUCAAACCGUGGCCAGCCACCGAGGUGUCCUUGUACACUUUCAUAGGUGUAGCGGUUGCGGCCGAGUAUGCGUCCACCCCGGAGAUCGUGAGUGAUGUUCUUGCCGCGUCCCCCAACCUCGAGGACCACAUCGGGUUGCGAACGCGGGAAGUCAUAGCAAGGCUCAAGAGGAAAGGAGUUUUUGGUGACCGUGAGCAGAAACAAGCACUGUCGCUUCGGAUGAUUGGAAGGCUGAAGUACGGCGUUGAUCCAUCAUCUCUAGGUCCAAAACUUGUUGCAACUUUGCUCAUCGCGCUCUUUGGCGCUCUCAGGAAAAGCGAAGGUGCGGCUUUGGUGUACGGGAGGUCUUCUCCGGAUUACAUUGGCAUGAGAUUUGACGAUUCGGACGAGUCGCUGGUGCUAGAUUUUUCGAUGUUUCGCCAGAAAGGCGGUCCUCGGUGCGCUAAGGUCACACGUAUUUUCUGCGCGUGUGCCAAGGACCGAAAUCCGGACGAUGGCCCAAAGGAGCAGCUGUGCCUUAUCCACAGCAUGCCGCUUAGGUUGUGCAUCCAAGGCAUGAAGUCCGGGGGUCUUGAUAUUCUUUGGGCUAUUAAUAGUUUACUCAAAGUCUUGAGGUUACCAGUAGAGCAAGCUGCUAAGUUUGCUACACAUAGUUGUAGAGUAGGUUGCGCGGUCCAUUUGUUUUCGCUCGAGGCCCCGCCCGAGCAAAUCACUCAUCAUGCUAGGUGGAGCGAUACAACUAUGUUGUUUUAUUAUGCUAGAAAUAGUAAAAAGAACGCUCGUCCCCCUCACUGGUCCAAUUCUAUCAAUUGGAUCAAAAAUUCCGCAUUUAUAAAGAGCUCUGUUAUUGGCCUUCCACAAGAGGAGGAUUUCAGUGUCGAGUUUGAUUUCGACGAUGUACUUUGGGAGCAAGAGAAGGAUGAUUGAUUGAUUCUAUGACAUUCCAAAUGGUCCCUUUAUGUCCAGUCCUCAGCUCUUUUUCCCCAAGCUGAAGAAAAAGAAAAUCAUCAUCAGUCAUGCCUUACUUCCUGUCGCAAGUAUUCCCCUAUGUUCCGAAAAGGUUGCAUACAGAAUCAAAACCUGACGAGGGAUGAGUGUUUUUCAUAGGAAAAAAUGCAAAACAG